CUUAGGUCAAGAUGGCGUUGCGUACGUCAGGCCACCUGCUGCUCGGGGUGGUGAGAAUCUACCACAGGAAGGCCAAGUACCUGCUUGCCGACUGUAAUGAAGCCUUCAUCAAGAUAAAAAUGGCUUUUAGGCCAGGUGUGGUGGAUCUACCUGAGGAAAAUAGAGAGGCAGCCUACAAUGCCAUCACCCUCCCCGAGGAGUUCCAUGACUUUGACCAGCCAUUACCUGAUCUGGAUGACAUAGAUGUGGCCCAGCAGUUCACCCUGAACCAGAGCCGAGUGGAAGAGAUCACAAUGAGGGAAGAUGUUGGCAACCUCAGCCUCCUGCAGGACAAUGACUUUGCUGACUUUGGUAUGGAUGACCGUGAGAUGAUGCGUGAUCCCAGCACGUUUGAGGAGGAUAUCAUGCACGGCGCCUCAGCCUCCAACCUUUUGCUGGAGGCUGAGCCAGGCCCAGCUGCUCUCCCUGAAAAGUCCAACCACAUGGAGUACGACGACUUCGGGGACGCCUCCUUGGGCAACACUGAUGGGGGAAUGCUUGGUGAGAUUUUCUAUG